GGGAGGAGGAGGCAUGAGAGGCGGGGACAGGGCGCGGGCGGUGUCCCGCUCUCGGCGCGCGGCUCGGGGCAGGCAGGCGGCGCGGGGCCCGGCCAUGGGCUCGUAGCGGGCCGGCGGCCAUGGGCGGGCUGGCGCAGCCCCGCCGCUUGCUGCGCGCGGUUAUGCUAACAUUUAUCUGUGUGUUGAUGAAGGAAUCUGUAGAAACUGAUCCAGUGCCAUAUGCACUGCAAGUCCAUCGGGUAGCUUUGGAUGGAAGAGACCCCUCUAACCACUUGAGGAGAGAAAAGAGGCAGGUGCAGUGUCAAUUAGGACAAUACCUACAUCCCAGAAAGACCCACUGCUGCAUGAGGUGCCAUGCAGGUACCUACAAGGCAAAAGACUGUGAGGGGCCUGGGCAGGCGCCUGUCUGUCUUCCGUGUGCUAAUGGCACCUUCACGGCUGUUGAUAACACUAUGUCUAAAUGCUUCCAGUGUACGCGUUGCCGUAUAGAAUUCCAGCAGAUAGUAGAGACCCCCUGCACCCCAAAGCAAGAUACCGUAUGUGGCUGUCGGAAGAAUCAAUAUCAGAUUGGCCUGCCUGAUCUUUUCCAGUGUAGGAACUGCAGACUGUGUACCAAUGGGAUUAUUGCCAACUGUUCGAAGAACAAAGACACAAUUUGCAGGUGUAAACCUGGAUUCUUCCUGACACUUAGUAACAUUUGCAAGCCUUGCAACAGCUGCAUUGGGGAAGAUUGCUUGCAGUGUCAUAGCCCAGUGACUACUUCACCGGCUUCAUCGGGGCUGAAUGGGACCCUCAUCCUUGGCAUUAUCGUUGCAAUAUUUGGAGUUAUCUCUGUUGUCUACAUUGUGAAUAAACUAGUGAAGCUGAUCCAGGAAAAUGCUAUAGCAUCAUCUUUCUACUCCUGUGUUUCUUUGCCACAGACAACCAAGGAGCCAGCAUGUGAGGUUGACGUAAAAAGAAAUGAAAUUUCCAUCCUUCUUCCCGAGUCCCAGAAGGAAAUGGAAUUGUUAGUCAAUGCAUCACCACCACCACCUGCACCUCUGCCGCAAAGUUCACAUGAGUUACCAGACUGUGUCAGACCUGCCAGAAAGACACAGCUUCCAGACAACCCUGCUAUUCUCUACACUGUGGUGGAUCACGUACCGCCAUCUCGGUGGAAAGAGUUUGUGAGGCGUCUGGGUCUGAGUGACUACGAUCUAGAGCGAAUUGAGAUGGAGCAUCGGCGUUUACGAGAUGCACAGUAUGAAAUGCUUAGACUGUGGCAACUGCAGAUGGGCCAUGCUGCAACUGUGGAGCACAUCAGUUGUGUUCUUAAUCAGAUGGAGCUGAGUGGCUGCAGUGAAGCUAUUCAAGAGGCUUUGCUACACCAGAACUCUCCACUACCUUGCAGCAUCCACAGCCAUCUUUAAUCUAUUUCUGCUUUAGUCACCCUCACUGUGACUUUAAGAGACAAUUGUAACUCCCUUCCUAUCCUGUCUUCCCUUUCCCAUACCUCCUACCUUUCUAACACUUCUCAACUGGGUUUAUUGGGAGACAGCAGUGGAUGAUGCUGGAGGAAGGCUGAGGUUUGCUUCUCAGCCACCAUGUAGUUCAGCACAUUUAAACCAAGACAGGUCUCGGCUUUCACAAGGAGGACAAGAACCUCAAAAGAAAUUUUUUGUGGACUCUUAAGAUGAAAACAGAUGCUCAGAGUGACUUGAUGAGUUGUUGAUCUACGAAGGAGUUGUUGUUGAAAAAGCUACUACACCCACCGUGUGGUCAGUAAACUUGUAGGGUGACUUGGUUAAGCUGGUUGUUCAGAUGGUAAAGUACUUGCUUAGUUCUUGCAAAUCUAUUUUUCUGCAAGAUCGGACAGCUGAACUGGCUCACAUUGCAGCCCUUUGAUUGCUCAAUCUGACUCAAGGGAAGUGGUGGGAGGAUGUGCCUAUUUCUGGGAGCAGGAGAGGAUUGCCCCCUUUCGGCAUCAAUCAGUUAUUGCUGUGGCAAGAGAAUCACGGAGAUGCAAAGGUGAUGGCUGUGAGAGAAACGGGGGGACGGUAUCCUUUCCACAUCCCCAUUUUCCUCAGGCUCAAGAGCAAUAAGGAUUCUGAGCCAAUGAGUCAGAUGAGAGGGUUGGUGCUUUUUUUCCCUCAAGUUUUUUUUGUCUGUACCUAAAAGCCAUGUAAGAUAGCAUUAACAAAAACCCUGCCUGUGUGUUUGUCCAAGUGCACAGGGGAAGGGAAUGCGUACCUCUGUCUGGGCAAGACGGUACCUAUGUACCUUGUAGCAUGAGCACCUCUGCAAAUCCGUGCUUGCACACAGGACGGUAGGCUUCUGCCUACCUGCUUCUCUCUCUCUGAGCAAUUUAGCUGGCUCUAAUCUAACUGCAAAUGGGACUGUGUAUAUGUACAUAGAUACAGCUAUAUUUUUUAGCAACUGUUGAAUAACUUCACACUACUUCUUGGACUGUGAUUGCUACUUGGGUGUGAGAGCCCUUCGGUCCCAUCUCCAGGCUCUCGCCAUCCCUUUCUCAUGGGUGUUACUCUGGGUGAAGCAGAAGUAGCAAAACUCAAUUAGCCUGCAUCAGGUGCAGGUUGUCCACACAUUUGUAAUGUGGAUCAUUUUUAAUCUCUCUCCUCUUGACCAGAGAGAAACUUUUUGUAUAUACACUAAAUGCUCUGAAUUAAAAUUUGUAUUUUCA